AUGGCAUAUAAGAACUGCUGUCUAGCCCUCUUCCAAAUCAAACUAUUCCUAUCAGCAGCCACGUUCUCUUCUGCUUCUCUUUCCUUCUUGGCGUCGUUUUCAUAUCUCGCGCUACUGAGCGCGAUUACGCCCUAUACUCAAGCUACGGAUCUCGCGCCAAACGGUCCGGAUGUGACUGUUGCUCGGGUACCGGAGCAGCUCCAGUUCCCCCAGACUGGUCCCACACUGCCGGUACAUGAACCCCAAGCCAAGGAAUAUGAAUAUAUUAUCAUAGGCUCUGGGGCUGGCGGAUCGCCUAUUGCUGCCAAUCUGGCCCGCGCUGGCCACAGCGUGCUUUUGGUUGAUGCUGGUGGUGAUUUUGGGUACCUCCGACAGGUCGACUCACCUGCUCUGGCAAACCCGGCCUCUGAAAGGGUUGAGGCUAGCUGGGCGUUCUUCACCCACCAUUAUACCAAUGAGACAAUGGCCUUGAAGGACCGCAAGCUUGCCUACUUGACACCUGAUGGGCAAUGGUUCACUGGUAAGAACUCUGAGAUUCCCGAGGGCUCCAAGCCUCUUGGAAACUUUUACCCGCGAUAUGCCGGUCUGGGUGGUUGCACAGAGCACAAUGCUUUGGUUGGUCUGCUUCCCACCAAGAACGAUCUGGGCUACAUUGCCAAUCUCACUGGCGAUUCUUCUUGGGAGCUCGAGAACAUGCGCAAGUACUACGAGAAGUUAUCUAACGCUCAGUACCUCAACCCUGAUGAGCACGAUGGAUACGUCGACCUGAACAUCAACCCUGAAGGUAUUGCCGCACAAGAUGUCAAGCUUAUGUCAUCUAUCAUCGGCGCUGCAAGGGCGUUUGGUGUUGAUGCUACUGCCGUCGACGCCCUUGCCAACGCUGUUGAUCAAGUUAUCGCCACAGCGUCUAAGGCAGGAGUUGACCCCUACACGGAAUUGGUGCCCUUGAAUUACACCAAGCCUAUUACCGAUGCUAUGGGCAAUGUGCUUUUCCAUGAUGCCAACACUGAUGCACCUGACCGUGACACUAUGAAGCUGUUCUCUCGUCUGCCUGAGACUAUUGACAACGUUGACUACCGCCGUUCAUCACCACGUGACUACGUGUAUAAGACCGUAACCGCAAAGAAUGCCGAUGGGUCGAAGAAGUACCCUCUUGAUGUUGCGCUGAACACGCUCGUCACCAAGAUCACCUUUGAUAACAAGGCUACCUGCCCGAGCAAGUCUGGAAAGUCUGGAAAGUCCAAGAAGCCUAAGGCCACCGGUAUUGAGUAUCUCCAUGGACAGUCCCUCUACCGAGCCGACGCUCGUGCUAGCAAGACUGAGAAUGGCGGUAAGCCUGGAUCUGUUAGGGCUACUAAGGAAGUUAUCGUUGCUGGUGGUGCCUUCAACUCACCUCAAAUCCUAAAGUUGUCCGGUGUCGGCCCUAAAGAAGAGCUUGAGAAAUUUAAGAUUCCUGUUGUCCUCGAUCUACCUGGUGUCGGUACCAACCUCCAAGAUCGUCUCGAAGUCAGUGUGAACGGCAUGUUCCCUACAAACUUCACCCGUAUUCUCGACUGUACCUUCCUUGCUACUGAAGAAGACCCCUGCUGGGAUCGGUACGCCGACAAGAACAACAAGGGUGCCGCUAAGGGUGCUUACGCUUCAUCCGGUAACUACUUCGGUGCCUUCUGGACCUCAUCCUUCUCUGAGGACGGAGAGCAAGAUCUCUGGAUCGGUGGUUUCCCCGGUACCUUCAACGGCUUCUUCCCUGGCUACUCUUCCAGCGCUGCCACACCAACCUACAAGAACUACUGGUCUUGGCUCAUCCUCAAGGCGCACACCAGGAACCGAUCCGGCACUGUCAAACUGCAGUCUGCCAACCCUCGCGAUGUUCCUCUGAUUAGCUUCCACUCCAUGUACGAAGGUCUACCCAAGGAAGAAGCUGACAAGGAAGUUGGCGCUCUCCUUGAAGGUGUCCGCAUGGCCCAGAGCUUCUACGCCAACACCCCCGACGUCGAUGGCAAGCCCACCCAGUGGUGGCCUCCUGCGGACUUCAACUCCGAUGACGAUAUCAAGCAGUGGAUCACCGAGGAAGCCUGGGGACACCACGCAUCUUGCUCCAACCCGAUCGGAUCUGACGAUGACCCGAUGGCGGUCCUUGACGGUGACUUCCGGGUCCGCGGUAUUGACAGCCUCCGUGUCGUCGAUGCCUCGGUCUUCCCCAAGAUCCCGGGUACCUUCAUCGCUCUCCCCGUUAUGCUCAUUGCGGAGAAGGCCUCUGCUGUUAUUCUUGGCCAGUAG